AUGAAUUCUGCACUCAAUCUUCUCCUCUUCCUCUUUUUGGCAUUCACUGGAGCAAUAGUGAAUGCCGGUAAUACAGUCCAAAAAUCUAUUUUCAUUUUGGCCGGUCAGAGCAAUAUGGCCGGCCGGGGAGGAGUUAAGAGCGCCCGUACCCCAACAAACAAAACCGUCCAAGUAUGGGACGGGAUUAUUCCACCCGAAUGCCAACCCAAUCCCUCCAUCUUUCGGCUAAACGCCAAGUUGGGUUGGGAAUUGGCAACUGAACCCCUACACGCAGACAUAGAUACAACCAAGACAUGCGGUGUAGGGCCCGGCAUGUGCUUUGCUAGGGAGGUGUUGAACCGGGUAUCCUCCUCUAGCCCGCUGGGUGUAAUAGGCUUGGUCCCUUGUGCGAUAGGGGGGACAAGUAUCACCCAGUGGAGCCGCGGCACAACAUUAUACAACAAGACCUUAGAGCGUGCGGCGGCGGCUCUAAGGGACGGGGGAAAAAUCCGGGCUCUCCUGUGGUAUCAAGGAGAGACUGAAGCUCAAAUAGGUGUAGGCUCGUUCGCUCUAGAGGUCCCGAGGUUUUUCACCUCGAUUCGCCAGGAUCUCCAUAUGCCCCAGCUUCCAAUAAUCCAAGUUGCCUUGCCACCCACUCUUAACCUCACAUUUACACAGGUGGUAAGAAACAUCCAACUGGAGCUCAAACUUCCCUUUUUGAGUACAGUGGAUGCGAAAGGCUUAGAGCUCAAACGUGGUGAUCCUCUUCAUCUUUCAUCUUCGGCUCAAGUCCAUCUUGGCAAAAAGAUGGCUAGGGCUUUCCUCUUCAGUUAG